AUGACAGCCUCACCAGAUCAUUUUGUCCCUUUCUCAUUAACUUUCGUAGAAUAUAAUCCUAGUGAUCCAAUAUCUUUUAUAUUCGCUUUCAUCACAUUAUCUCCUUUAGCAUUAAUUGUAUCAUAUGUCUCCAUAAUAUUGGCAAGAAGGGAGAUAGCAACGAUAAACAUGUUUAUAGGACAAGUAACUUGCGAAAUAGUAAGUUUUGGUUUAAAACGAUGGAUCAAAGAGAAAAGACCUAAUGAUAAAAUUGGAUAUGGAAUGCCAUCAUCUCAUGCUCAAUUCGUAUCUUAUUUCUCAAUUUUUGCGAUUUUAUAUUUAUUCACAAGAAUUUAUUUAAAUUAUCACACAUCUAAACAAAUAAUAGUAGGCAAUAUUGCUGGAAUCUUGUUUGCAAUUGGAUGGUUCAUUUUGAUAGAAAAUAUUUUACGUCCACUUGGAUUAUUUGAUUUAAUUGUAAAUUCCGAAAUAGCAAAAUAUCUUUAUUUACGUGAUUCAUCAGAUAAUGAAAAUAUUAUAAGAAUAGAAUAUAUGAAUUGGGUAGAAUUAAAUAAGAAAAAGAAUAGUGAACGAAAAAAAAAAUAA